AGUAAAUACAUGCAGAACGAACAGCUAAACGAAUUUACUCCAGCAGAGCAUAUUCAUCAGAUUCGCUCAUAUUUCGAUAUCAUAGACAAUGCAGUUCAAAUUGGUGACACUAAUAGAAAAUAUUCUGAUGCAAAGAUUCCAUCACAACCUGGAACUGCUAAAGAUAACACAUGGGUAACAUUCAAUCUCUCACCUCCUGGUGAAAAUAUGUUGGACCUUUACAAUACAUUCAUUACGUAUAAAAUGGAAGGUCAAUUUAUUGUAGAUAAAGAAAUUGGUUCAGGUUCCAAUAAAACAAACCCACCAGGAUUUUGGAUUGGUUUCGAUGACGCUUUCUAUGCAGUUGCUGGAUAUCAAAUCCUUGCAAAUGGUCGUAUCGUAUAUUCUCAAGACAACGCAAGAGAA